AUGAGUUACAGUAAUGUAUUCCAAUACGCCCAACGUUUGAUCGAUAAGCGAAACCUCAUUAGCCUCUUCUUCUGCUGUUUGAUUUUUCACUCGCUCGUUUCACUAGAGCGUCAAAGAACCACAAUGCUAGCGGUUGUUGGUGAUGCUGGUGACAAGCGCAGUUCUAGGAAAGACAACUACGAGUUUGUUUUAGAAGAGGGAUUGAAAGUGACCGCGAAAACCUACUACGGAAAUUUGAGGAUCAACGGAAAGAGUUAG